GAGGAAUGGAGACUCGUCAUUUAGUGCAAACACGCGUGUCGAGGGUUCCUAACUCAUCUACUGUCGUCACAAGUGGUAGGAUUCCUAUGUCCUAUCAUGGCUCCCCCCUAAACAGGCCUGAGUCCAUUCAGUAAUUUAGAGGAUAAUUUUCGCUGGGAGCUUCGGUGUAUUUGUGAAAUAGAGAGUUAUAAGGAUCAUUCUCUGUUCAAAACAGACGUAGCCAAUCAGAUCCUUUAAAAAUGGAACAGUCCACAAGUCGCUCUAGAGUGGAGAAACUCGUAGGAGCUAUAAACGAGAAGUAUAACUUAACAUCCCCAGAUGUAUUCUACGGAGAUCCUCGGGUCAGUGAUUGGCCGUUAAUGAACAACUUGACCGGUGUCCUGUCCAUUGUUUUUCUCUACCUCCUGAUGGUCAAACAAGGUCCAGCAUUUAUGGCAAAACGAAGCCCCAUGAAUGUCACCCAUCUGCUAGUGGUCUACAACUUAGCAUUGGUCAUUUUAUCAUUGUACAUGUGUAUAGAGAUGGUUAUUCUCGCAGUCCAAAGUAAUCAAUCCAUACUUUGUCAUCCAGUCAACACUGAAAACACAGAGAUUGGAUUGAGGGAAGCUAAAGUUGCUUGGUGGUAUUUCUUUUCAAAGAUUGUGGAACUUCUAGACACAGCAUUUUUUAUUGCCCGUAAGAAGAACAACCAGUUGUCAUUUCUGCACAUAUAUCAUCACAGUUCUAUGGUGGUUGUGUGCUGGUAUGUCGCCAAGUAUCUUCCAGGCGGUGAAAAGCUAUACAGUGGUAGCUUCAACUGCUUAGUUCACGUGUUUAUGUACACAUAUUAUGGAUUAUCGGCCAUGGGGCCACACCUGCACAAGUACAUCUGGUGGAAGCGUUACCUUACGCAAUUUCAAAUAAUUCAGUUUAUAUGCAUUUGCAUACGUAGUAUUGGAACAUUUUUCACUGGUCCAUGCGGAUAUCCUAAAUGGGUCAACGUAUUCACCCUACUCUACGUCUCCAGUCAUCUGUUACUGUUUCUCAAUUUUUAUCUCAAGUCUUACAAGUCAAAAAGCAUUCAGUCAAGUCACUCAGCCUCCAAGUCAACAGCUAAAAAAUCGGAAUAAAAUUGUAUUGAAAGAAC